AUGAAGACCCUGAAAGGCUUCUGCGUGCUUUUCAUGUUGCAGCUAUGUCUCCUUGACUCUGGAAGGACGGGCAAAGUUCUUGUAUGGCCUGUGGAUUUUAGUCACUGGAUUAAUUUACAAGUGAUUCUAGAAGAACUUCACCUUCGUGGGCAUGAGAUAACUGUCCUGGUACCUUCACAAAGUCUUCUGAUUGAUCAUACUAAGCUUCCCUAUAAUGUGGAGAUCCUCCAGCUUUCAGUAACUAAAGAAACAUUCAUGGAAGAGCUCAAUACCCUUCUCUAUGAAGCUACGUUUGAACUGUCAAAACUCUCAUGGUGGGAAAGACAAAUAAAGCUGGCAAACAUAGGCAGAAAAUUUUUAUUAACUAUCAAAAGAGUGUGUGACAGUGCUGUCACAAACAAGGAAUUACUCAGCAGGCUGCAGGCAGCCAAGUUCGAUGUCUGUAUUGCCGAUCCUUUAAGUUUUUGUGGGGAACUGGUGGCUGAACUUCUGAAUAUUCCAUUUAUGUACACUUUCCGGUUUUUCUAUGGGAAUGUCAUUGAAAGACUGUGUGCUGGGCUUCCUAUGCCUUCUUCAUAUGUUCCUGGUGUCACAUCAAGAUUUACAGACAACAUGACUUUUAUACAGAGGCUGGAGAACUGGUUACUGUAUACAGUGAAUGAUGUGAUAUAUUCAUAUUAUGUAUUUCCAGAAUGGGAUGAAUAUUACAGCAAGGUUUUAGGAAAACCUACCACAGUAUGUGAGAUUAUGGGGAAAGCUGACAUGUGGUUGUUUCGAAGUUACUGGGAUUUUGAAUUUCCUCAGCCUUAUUUACCUAACACUGAAUUUGUUGGAGGACUGCACUGCAAGCCUGCAAAGCCCCUACCUAAGGAUUUCGAAGAGUUUGUUCAAAGCUCUGGAAAAGAUGGAGUUGUGGUGUUUACUCUGGGGUCAAUGAUCAAAAACCUCUCAGAAGAAAAGUCUAAUAUAAUUGCAUCAGCCCUUGCCCAGAUUCCUCAAAAGGUUCUGUGGAGAUACACAGGAAAGAAACCAGAAACAUUAGGAGCCAAUACCCGACUAUAUAAAUGGAUUCCUCAGAAUGAUCUUCUUGGUCAUCCCAAAACCAGAGCUUUUAUCACUCACUGUGGAACCAAUGGGAUCUAUGAAGCUAUUUACCACGGGGUCCCUAUGGUUGGAAUUCCUAUGUUUGGUGACCAGCAUGAUAAUGUUGCUCGUAUGAAAGCCAAAGGGGCAGCUGUUGAAGUAGACUUGCAAAGAAUGACAAGUGCAGAUCUGCUUAAUGCUUUGAAAGCAGUUAUUAACAACCCUUUCUAUAAAGAGAAUGCUAUGAAGUUAUCAAGAUUUCACCAUGAUCAGCCUGUGAAAUCCCUGGACCGAGCAGUCUUCUGGGUUGAGUUUAUCAUGCGCCAUAAAGGAGCCAAGCACCUUCGCCCAGCCUUCCAUGACCUCACCUGGUACCAGCACCGCUCUUUGGAUGUGAUUGGCUUCCUGCUAGCUUGUGUGGCAACUGCUGCAUUCCUGGUCACUAAAUGUUGCCUGCUUUUUUGCUGGAAGUUUGGUAAAACUGCAAAGAAGAAAAAGAAAGAGUAG